AUGAGGAUUUCCCUGCGUUGUCUUCAGUCCUUGAAGACUUCUCUGGCCACCAAGAGUGUGCUGGAGAAGUACGCUAGCUUCAAUCCAUCGCCUCUGUCGCUGAAGAAGUUUGUGGAGUUUGGGAGGAUGGGAGCAAUGGAAUGCUCUAAAGAAGGAAGCAGCAAAGAGUCCUAUGCCUUCCUGCAGAAAGAGCUGCCCGUGCGUCUGGCCAACAUCAUGAAGGAGAUCAGUCUCUUGCCAGAAAACCUCCUAAAGAUGUCCAGUGUGAAACUCGUCAUGAGCUGGUACCAACAGAGCUUCAAGGAGUUGAUUGAAUUUGAGAACCAGGAUAGGAUUAACAAGAACAUAAUGGAAAAUUUCACACAUACGCUGAUCAAUAUCAGGAACAGACACAGCAAUGUUGUGGAGACUAUGGCACAGGGUGUUAUGGAACUGAAGGAAAAUCAUGGUAUUGACAGCAACACGGAGAAUAGGAUUCAGUAUUUCCUGGACCGCUUCUACAUGUCCAGAAUUAGUAUACGAAUGCUGAUCAACCAGCACAUUCUGUUGUUUGGCAAGAAGGAAAAGAACAAUGACCCCAGACAUAUAGGAUGUAUUGACCCUAACUGUAAUGUGUCUUUAGUAGUACAAGAUGCUUAUGAGAAUGCCAGGUUUCUGUGUGAGCAGUACUACCUGGCCGCUCCUGAACUAAACAUUGUCUCCAAAAACAGUUCAGUCCUGGAGAAUGAGAGUGAUCCUAUACAGAUUGUGUAUGUUCCUUCACACCUUUACCACAUGUUGUUUGAACUGUUCAAGAAUGCCAUGAGGGCAACAACAGAGCACCAUUCAGAGGAGGAUCAGAUUCCUCCACUGAAUGUGAUGAUUGUCAAAGGACAAGAGGAUCUAUCAGUAAAAAUCUCUGACCAGGGAGGAGGCAUUCCCCGAGCCAAACUGGAGCUGGUCUUCCAGUAUAUGUACAGCACCGCCCCCCAGCCUGCACGAUCUGAUAUUGCUAGCGCUCCCCUCGCUGGCUACGGUUACGGCCUGCCCCUCUCCCGUCUGUAUGCAAGAUAUUUCCAGGGAGACAUUGUCUUAAACUCAUUUGAGGGAUAUGGAACAGAUGCAAUCAUUUAUUUGAAGGUGCUAUCAAACGAAGCCAAUGAAAUGCUACCUGUCUACAACACGACAGCAUCGAAAGUCUACCACACGGACAUCCCGGUCAAUGAUUGGUCUUCCAGCUGGGUCACCAGUCACAGGCUACAGAACCCCACACCAAAGUCCCGCAGUUAA